AUCUGCAAGUGGCUGUCGGAACAGGCAGAUGCGAUCCAGCGGCUCCCAGGGGCGGCAGCGGCAGGCGGGAGCAGCUGCCACCUCCUGCACCGCCGCUUCCCGCGGAGCCGCGGAGCAGUGAGACGUCUCCUGGACGGCCACAGCCAUUCAGGGGGAUUGGUCCGGGUGUUGGGUCGCUGCAUUUGUUCUUGGAAACCCUGAGGAUCCCUACAGAUGUAGAACGAGGAAGAAGGGGAAAACUUACUGGGUGAAAGCAGGAUGCACGGACUUAGGAGCCUUAGCCGCACUGUAAGCUGAAGCUCUUGUUCAAGAACGUCCAGCCGGAGCCUGGAAGUUCUGCUCCCGGGACAGUCCAGAGGGCUGCGUGCUGCGACAGCGGAUAAAAACGGGUUGACUGAAGAAGGGACCACCUCCGAUCCCCUGACUCGGUCUUUCCUCCUGUGCCCCGAAGACAGCUCCGUGACUGGUCCGGAAUUUCUAACAGGAGCCCUGUUGUGCGAGAGGAGCGCACUGUGGAGAGAGGUGAAGGGGUACCAGCUGGCGAGUUCAAAGCAGCGGGACCGAUUUCGGCGCUCCUUCCUGUGCGCACGACCCUCCUCCCCUUCCCCCCCAAGGCUCUCAUUCUUCCCCCACCCUCCGCUUGUGAUCGCAUCCUUGGUAGGGGCUUCAAAAGCAUCCAAGAGUGACCGAAGCUCUCAGUUACAGGGGAAGGAGAACGCCACGGAUCUCAGUGAUUGCUUUAAGCUCUUUCUCCUAGUGCUUGCAGUGUUUUGGAGGGUGAGCAGGGGGAAAGAGCCAGAGAGAAUCUAGUGACAAGUAUUUGGCUGUCCUUUCCCCCCUUUCUUGCUUUUCUCUGACUUCGGGACAAAAUGAGAGCACCCAGAAUGUUCCCUUCGGCGGUGAUGCCACCUCUGCUGAUACUGUUGCUGGUUUCAAUCCCUCGGUCUCUAAGCUUGGACCCUUUUGGCUUCCCCCCCAGUUCCCCAACAACAGAGCAGCCCCAGCCCCAACUGCAGCAGCCUCAGCAGCUACGUGAGCCACUUAGCUACUCACGGCUCCAGAGGAAGAGCCUGGCGGUGGACUUCAUUGUGCCCUCUCUAUUUCGUAUCUAUGCCCGGGACCUGCUACUGUUGCUUCCAUCGGCACCCGGAGCCAACCUACCAGAGGCUCGUAGUUCUCUGGCAUUGGACUGCUCACCCCUGCUGCUGCUGCUGCUGAGGCGGCAAGGUGCAGCCGGGGCAGCUGCUCUGCCCCAGCCAUCACCCGGAGGACGAGUGCUAUCCAAGGUCCUGAAGGGUGGCUCUGUGAGGAAGCUCCGAAGGGCCAAGCAGUUGGUGCUGGAAGUGGGAGAGGAGGCGAUCCUGGAGGGCUGCACGGGUUCCUCCAUUAGUCCUCCGGAGCAGGCUGCUGUGGCUACAGCAGGGAUGCUAGAGUUCAACCUUACCGAGAUGUUCAGUUGGUGGGUUCACCACGGCGAAGGGCGACUGCGGAUCCGUCUGAUGCCAGAGAAGAAGGACUCUUUCCCGGGUAGAGAAGUAAGACUGUCUGCAGCAAUCAGAGCCUCGCAGCCUCGCCUACUUUUCCAAAUCAUAAGGAAGGCUCCAAGUUCCCUGGAAUCUUCUACAAAGAUCCCUGCUCUCACUUCAGAGCCCUUUAUCUGGAACCUAACAUGGGUCAUGAAAGAUUCUCCUCCUUUCCUCUCACAACGUAGUCGAUAUGGUUUCGAGUGCAACUUUGAUUUCCCCUGUGAGCUAGAGUAUUCACCACCACUGCAGGAAGACAGAAACCACAACUGGUCUUGGCGCCAUGUCACUUCUGAGGAGGCUGCCCAGAUGAACAUGUUCAGUGGUGGUCCUGCUGCAUUUCAUACUGAGGAGAUGCCUAGAGGUUCUUUCCUUUUCCUCAACACAUCAGAAAACACCAAACAUACCAUUCUGAGCCCUUGGAUGAGGAGCAACAGUGAACACUGCACCAUGGAAGUGUCUGUGUAUAGGGAUCUCCAAACCUCUGGGAGAUACAUGGCCCAACUCCUACCACACAAUGAAGCUAGGAGAGAGAUCCUGCUGGUGCCAAAUCCAGAGACAUAUGGCUGGACCGUGCUCCAUGGGAGAAUUGGACACCUGCAAAGUCCUUUCCGGGUCUCACUAGAAUAUAUCUCCAGUGCCAACGGGAGCCUGUCUGUGGUGGAUUCUUUGUCUCUGAAGAACUGCAGUGAAGGGAUGCCGCCUAUCUCCAAAAUGGCCCUGAAGAGCUCCUUCACCUGCUGGAAUGGAACAGCCAUCCACCUGGGACAAGCUUGCAACUUCCAAAGAGACUGUUCAGAGGGUGAAGACGAGGGAGAGUUGUGCAAAGCACUUCCAGCUGGAUUUUAUUGUGACUUUGAGGAUGGAGACUGUGGCUGGAUUCAGGGCAUGACCAUGCCUCAAACUCCCCAGUGGCAGGUUGGGAUCUUGACGGAUGCCCCAUUUCCAAAUCACCAAGGUUACACUAUGCUAUUUAACACUAGCAAGGCUAGCCCAGCAGAAACUGUGGUCCUGACCAGCAACAUGUUUCCUGCACCAAUGAAGAACUCUCCUUGUGAGCUCCAAAUGUUGUGGCUCAUCCAUGGAUCCUUGGAAGGAAAUGUCUCCCUGAUGCUUAUGGAGAAUAAAACUGGGAAGGAGCAAAGCCAGACCAUCUGGUACUUUGCCAACAGAGAAGGUUUGGGCAUUUGGCAACGGAUGGUCUUACCUCUUCCCGAUGUGUCAGACAGAUUCUGGCUACAGAUUGUCACAUGGUGGGAAGAAGGCUCGGGAGCCAUCAUUGCUUUUGACAACAUUUCCCUCAGCCUGGACUGCUACCUAACAAUUAAUGGGGAAGAGAAAAUAUCAAAGGAUGAAGCUCCCAAUUCAAGCAACCUCUUUGAUAUAAAUAGCUAUAAGAAGCCACUACAGGAUCCAAGAUCCAAGAAGACUUCACAUGGAGAGAUCCUCAACUUUGAUCCCACAGUUCAAUGGCUGUUCACCACAUGCGGGGCCAGCGGGCCCCAAGGACCCACGCAGACCCAGUGCAACAACGCCUACAGGAAUUCCAACCUAAGCGUGGUAGUGGGCAGCGAAGGAGUCCUGAAGGGAGUGCAGAUCUGGAGAGUACCAGCCACCGACACAUACAGCAUCUCAGGCUAUGGAGCAGCUGGAGGUAAAGGAGGGAAGAACACAAUGAUGAGGUCCCAUGGCGUAUCUGUUUUGGGAGUCUUCGAUCUGGAGAAGGAUGACUUCCUAUACAUCUUGGUAGGACAGCAAGGGGAAGAUGCUUGUCCCAGUACCAGUGAAAUUAUCCAGAAAGUCUGCAUUGGAGAGAACAAUGUGAUAGAGGAAGAAAUCCGAGCCAACCAGAGUGUGAAUGAGUGGGCUGGAGGUGGAGGAGGUGGGGGUGGAGCGACCUACAUUUUUAAGAUGAAGAAUGGAAUACCAGUACCUCUAAUCAUUGCAGCUGGAGGUGGUGGAAGAGCCUAUGGGGCCAAAACAGAUACAUUCCAUCCAGAAAGACUGGAAAAUAACUCCUCUGUUCUAGGUCUAAAUGGCAAUUCUGGAGCCGCAGGUGGUGGAGGUGGCUGGAAUGAUAACACUUCCUUGCUCUGGUCUGGAAAAUCUUUGCUGGAAGGAGCUACAGGAGGACAUUCCUGCCCCCAGGCCAUGAAGAAGUGGGGGUGGGAGACAAGAGGGGGUUUCGGAGGGGGUGGAGGGGGGUGCUCCUCAGGUGGAGGAGGCGGAGGAUACAUAGGGGGUAACGCAGCUGUGAACAAUGACCCCGAAGUAGAUGGGGAGGAUGGGGUCUCCUUCAUCAGUCCAUUGGGCAUCCUGUAUACCCCGGCUCUCAAAGUGAUGGAGGGCCAUGGGGAAGUGAACAUCAAGCUUUACCUGAACUGCAGCCACUGUGAGGUGGAUGAAUGCCACAUUGACCCAGAGAGUCACAAAGUUAUCUGCUUCUGUGAGCAUGGCACAGUGCUGGCCGAAGACGGGGUCUCCUGCAUAGUGUCACCCCCCUCUGAGCCUCACCUGCCUCUCUCCCUGAUAUUGUCUGUUGUGACCUCUGCUUUGGUGGCUGCCCUGGUCCUGGCAUUCUCAGGAAUCAUGAUUGUGUACCGCAGGAAGCAUCAAGAGCUCCAAGCAAUGCAAAUGGAACUGCAGAGCCCCGAGUACAAACUCAGCAAGCUAAGAACUUCCACAAUCAUGACAGACUACAACCCCAACUACUGUUUUGCUGGAAAAACUACAUCUAUCAGUGACCUGAAAGAGGUACCUCGGAAAAACAUCUCCCUCAUUCGGGGUCUGGGCCAUGGUGCCUUUGGGGAAGUGUAUGAAGGACAAGUGUCUGGAAUCCCCAGUGACCCUAGUCCUCUACAGGUGGCUGUUAAGACACUUCCAGAGGUGUGUUCAGAACAGGACGAGUUGGAUUUCCUCAUGGAAGCAUUGAUCAUCAGCAAAUUCAAUCACCAGAACAUUGUUCGCUGUAUUGGGGUGAGCCUGCAGGCCUUACCCCGAUUUAUCCUCCUAGAGUUGAUGGCUGGAGGAGACCUCAAAUCCUUUCUUCGGGAGACUCGCCCUCGCCCAAACCAGCCCUCCUCCCUGGCUAUGUUGGACCUGCUGCAUGUGGCCCGUGACAUUGCCUGUGGCUGUCAGUAUCUGGAAGAAAACCACUUCAUCCACCGGGAUAUUGCUGCUAGGAACUGUCUCUUGACCUGCUCUGGACCAGGCAGGGUGGCCAAGAUUGGAGACUUUGGAAUGGCUCGGGACAUCUACAGAGCGAGCUACUACAGGAAAGGAGGAUGUGCCAUGCUUCCAGUUAAGUGGAUGCCCCCAGAGGCCUUCAUGGAGGGAAUAUUUACAUCCAAAACAGACACGUGGUCCUUUGGAGUGCUUCUGUGGGAGAUAUUCUCCCUUGGAUACAUGCCAUACCCAAGCAAAAGCAAUCAGGAGGUUCUGGAGUUUGUCACCAAUGGAGGACGGAUGGAUCCACCCAAAAAUUGCCCCGGGCCUGUGUACCGGAUAAUGACGCAGUGCUGGCAGCAUCUGCCCGAGGACCGGCCCAACUUUGCCACCGUCUUAGAGAGGAUCGAAUACUGCACCCAGGAUCCAGACGUGAUUAAUACAGCUUUGCCCAUUGAAUAUGGUCCAGUGACGGAGGAGGAAGAGAAGGUGCCCAUGAGGCCAGAAGACCCUGACCGGAUACCUCCUCUUUUAGUCUCUCCCCAACAAGAGAAAAAGGAGGCUGCGUGUGCCCCAUCAGCUCCCCCACCACUGGCCACCACCUCCUCCGGGAAGCCCCUGAAGAAGGCUUUAGCUCUUGAGCCCCCGGUCCGCAUCACCAGAGGGGCGCCUGUGGAAGGAGGGCACAUCAACAUGGCUUACUCUCAGUCCAACCCACCAUCGGAGCUGCACAAAGGGCGCGGAUCUAGGAACAAGCCAACCAGCCUCUGGAACCCCACGUAUGGCUCCUGGUUCACAGAGAAAUCUGCCCCCAAGAACAGUCCCCGGGCAGAGCCGGAGCAGCCGGAGCGGGGGAAAGCGGGGCCGGAGGGACAUUGUACCCCAGGGCCACCAGGCAGGCUGCCGGGGUCCUCCCUGCUCUUGGAACCAUCUUCCCUGACUUCCAGCAUGACGGAAGUGCCUCUGUUUAGGCUCCGCCACUUCCCUUGUGGGAACGUCCACUACGGCUAUCAGCAGCAGGGCCUCCCUUUGGAGGCUGGCGCCACCCCAGCUGCCGCUGGCUACGGGGACUCUGCUCUUAGAAACCCGAGUGGUGGGAGCCAGGCUGGUCCCUGAGCCUGUUCUGCACCACUGCUCCCCCUUGGGAUUCCGAAGCCCACAGAGGGUGGGGAGUUCCCCCACAACAGCUCCACCGCCAAGCAGAGACCAAAACAUUGCCUUUCAUUUUGUGCCAACCUGCUCUAAAGUGCCACACAGAGACCGAAUUCUCAAAAUGCACCAGGAAGGAUGUGAGCAUGGGUUCCUCCUACUCUUUCAAAAGAAUCACAUCAUUCAAAAAGCAAGUUUUUGAGGCCAGGCCCGAGCCGGUCACAUAAGCUCCCAUGCAUGCAUGGUCCGUGUGCUCCUCCUCCUGCUUCUUGUCUAUAGCGCGCUCUGCUUCGGCAUCCUGUGCCAGUGUGACGUCAUGCGUAUCAUUUACUCACCUUGUCCAUGUAGACGUAAACCAUUUGAAUGUGGGGGGGAAGGGGGGAGCAAAUGAUUUCUCCGUCAUGAUUUUGUACAAUGGAGGACGUCCUUCGUUCGGAAAAAAAAAAACCAACUCAAAACUUAGCUGCAAUAUCUUGGCUGUGUUGGUUCUUCUGAGGACAGUUAAAGGGAUGGGGACAGGCCCAAGGAGGACAGACAGCUGCGAGCCGUGCAUUUCCCCUUAAAUGAGUAAUAGACAUUCAGAAGACUUUGAGUAUGAAGAGACACCAGCAAGAGGGCCCCAGACCGAUAUGUCCCUUUACUGUACCUCUCGCCUUAAGAAUAUCCUGCUAAAAGAUGAAAACUCUGAGGUUUCCUAUUGGUCUUUAAAACCCAGACUGUCUACUUACAAUAUAAAUAACAAAGAGUUUCCAUGAACAAAAAGUCUUAUGAUAGUUGAAUGAAAACCAAAAAUGAUGGGCCAAACUGCAGCCAGAGCAAUGCAUUUCCAAAGCAAAGAAACAUGGCCAGUUAGGGCCAAACAUGUCAAUAAGUGAUAUACCAAAUCCUAGCAAUGGUUUCAACCACACAGCCUAAGAAAGAGAAAUGCCUCAAUUCAUAGCCAUACCUUGGCUUGCAGGAACAGCAGAAAAUCCAAAAGAAGAAACAAAUAGUUUUCUUCUUCCCAAGGCUGGCUGUUUUUUGUUUUUAGAUCCCUUCCUUCUCUGUCAUGUUAAACGUGUGAGUAGAACAUUUCUGAAAUAUGUACAACAUAUUUUUAAUAUGUACCAUGCAGAAGGAGAAGUGGGGUUUUUUUUUUGUUUUUCUUUGGCCUUUUCUAAGGCUUAAAGAAUCAGGAAACAUUUGAGGAAUUGACACAGCAAUGCACUGUGGUUUCUUCAACUUUGUUUCUGUAGAUGGAUGUGAUACUGAUGGAAGUUACAGUUUAGGACUUCUGCAAACUCAUCAACCUCUAUUUUUAUGGAAUGACAUUUUACUUUCAAUUUUUCAAGUUGUCACUCUAGUCUUCCCUUCUAUAUUUUUCUUCUCCCACCCUCCUUCUUAUUACCAGUUCCUUUCUUUGGUAGUCAGCAUGUCUGGGCACCAUUUUGGCCUCCUUCAGGACAAAAUUUUUCAUUAGUUCCUGGGUAUCAUAGUGUUCCCAAGCAAAAAUGUCCAUGCUCUCUGUUCCUUUUCUGGUUCUUCACAUCUACUUUCUUUCCACUUUGACUAGGAUUGGAGUAAUGUCUUGAGUUAACAGAUAAUUGACUCACAGGUGCAAUCACAGCACCCAAAGGUAAUGCUAUAACCAGCUGGAAAACUACUCACUUCUCUUGAUUUUGGGUCAUUCACCUGCAGGCUUUCCAGCUGCCUUGUUUUAGAGUGACACAGACUGUGGCAGCCUGCUUUGGUAAGGCAGAAUACUCUGAAGGCCCUCCCUUUUUCUCCAUCACCUACUUAGGAUUGAAGGAGAAACAAAACCACUGUAAUUAUAGUAUAGAGAUGAAAAAUCAACAACCAAGUCUGUUUUAGUAAAUUAUUGAUCCCAUGCUAGACACUCAAGUGAAUGGUCCACCAAUCACCUUGAGGGCUCUCACAACCACACUGAAGAUAAACUGGAAUAUGGAGGCUAUCACCAGCUCAAUUGAUGUGGGAAAAGGUUUCCUUUUGAUAGCAUUCCAGAGAAGCUAAUUAAGCAGGUACAAUAAUGCAUUUCCAGCUGAUGCAUUUGAGGACUUUGCCCAGAACAAUAUAACCCCUUUUCUAGUCUUAAAAGUUUAUUGAUCCAUUGAGGUUCAGAAGAAACUUCAUUCACUGAAUUAUUGCAACAACUGAUUGGAGCUAAUUCAGCACCCAGUCUAGAUGAUUUCAGGAAGCUUCGUGUGGCCUUUGGUUGCUCCCCAAGAAUACUGCUUUACCCAUUAGUCUCAGCUUAAUUUGAUUGAUUUCCAUCCACCCCACUUAUGAGUCUUUUAAAAACGUAUCCAUAAAAGUGAGAAUGAGUGUGGGAAAAACUCCGAGUUAAGAUGUCUUUCCCACAAAGUCUAGAGACAGUUCUGAUAUGCCCUUCUGCCCACCCAUCACCCGACCCAAUUCAGUCACUCAUGCCAUGUUUUACAUCACCUGGCAAAACAUGUAUUUCAUAAGUACAGGCCUUCCUGAGAAAAAGUUAUGCCCAGAAUCCUACGUAUUAGGUUCUUUGCAACCAAAAAAGGAGAUGGUGAUCCACAUUUCCAAAAUGUUGUUUCAGUCUCACACCUGCCAUUAAGAUAGUAGAAAGAGCCUUUGUCCAAGGAUCAGGAAAACUUAAAUCUAAUCCUGCUUCUCCCAAUAACAAGGUAGGUGACUGAGCAAGUCAAUUCAUUCCUCUGGACCUCAAUCUCAUCUAUAAAAUGAGGGGAAUGGAUGUGGUGAUUGCUAAGGUUCCUCAGCAAUCUAAAGUUCUACCAUUAUAUAAACCUACAGUGUUCUAAAGGAGCACUGUCUAGAGUCUAAGGCCCCAAAAUCAGCAAAAGAGAAAGUAAUCAGUCAAAAGACAUGUUUCCUAAUUUUAGGCUUUGCUUUGAAGUAUUCAGCUAAUCUGUAGACAAAAGGUGGCUAUUUAACGGUAACUUCUAUUAGCCUCAAAAAUAUCUUCCAUCUUCAUCCUCAGAGAAGACACCAAUGUGUGAAUAUGAUAAAUGGGUCCCAUUCUUGAUGCCUCACAUGCCCAGGAAUGGCAGUGUCACCAUUCUGGACACUGGAGGUACAUGCCCACAGAUCAUCAAACACAGUAUCUGGUCAACCUGUCCUUAUGAGGGACUUUCCAAAAGACUCCAAAGAAAUGAAAAGCUGAUUGGCUUCAUUUCAGAGUAGCAAAUGUUCUUUUGUGGGAACAUACAAAACAAAAAUUAAGAGUUCUCAGAAACCUCAACCUGCUGCCCUGAAAAGAAAGAUAAUUACUGAGAGCAAACAGCGAAGUCUCUAUUAAGAGCCCAUUUUCACUUUGUAUGCUGCAUGGGCAUGUUUAAUUUUUAAUAGCUUCUCAAGAACAAAGAUUUAUUUUUAACUCUAUUCAUGGCUUUAGAAAACAUUUUAAAAGCUCAGUGAGAAGAGCCAGACAUCUUAUAAAUACUUAGUGAGGAAAAAGUAUAGACCAAUAAAUGAGCUAAAAGUUUUCUCCUAGUCUAAGACUGUGAUGACCUACACCUGUACAAUCCUCGUGUUGGUGCAGCAAGAUCAUAAAGCACAGUCUGUCACUGGCUCUCUCCCAUCUUCUUUUCUUCAUUCUUUUACCACCUCCCCUUACACACCCACCCACCCCUGGGAAUACCUACUCUAGGCGCUUGCCUCUCUCAUGCUGUCCUUUGGCCGACAGGCUGCCUUCCUUUCCCUGUGCUUCUAGUAUCUGUUUUUCCCUCUCCCCCAGCAAAACUUCCAUUCCUUCAACAGAACGAGCUCAAUGAGUUGUUAGUGGCAAGUCAACCUAAGUUAAACUAGCUCAGACUGAGGAAUGAAUUUGGACAUUUGGAUUUUUAAAAUCAUCACUUUCUAACCCAAAUCAAUCUCUUGUGAGGAUUUCAGGCAGUGUGAUAUUCUAAACUGCAUUCCCCUUCACAAGCUACACAAAAGGUAGCAAAAGUAACAGGAGACAAUGCUAGAUUAGGAACCAGAAGGUCAGAAUUCUAGUCCAUAGCUCUUGCCACAAGCUAGCAAUGUGACCAUAGGCAAAGCAAUUCAUUUCUCAGAGAUUCCGGUUCCUCAUCCAUCAAACAAAAGUGAUCUUUGAGGUCUCUUCUGCUUCAAAAAGUCUAUCUUAGAUUUCCUGUAAUUGAGAAACCUUAUGGCUCUGAGUUAUGCCAUCCAUAAAGAUACCAAGCUUUGGGAGGUCUACACUCUUGUCAGAAUGAGGGGUCCAAUCUCUGGGCAGGGCCUCCCAUUUUGCCUUAGCUGUUGAGUAGGAGUAAAGGCCAAAAUGCCUUCAAGCAAAGUUGGCUAAAGCAUAAUCUGGAAGUUAAUAGAUGCCGAUUCCAUUCCUAUAUAGUAUAGAUCAAUUGGCUUAUGACAAGACAAAUCUAUCUCUAUCGCUUUGUCAAUGUCCUCUCUAUGCAAGAAACUUGUGAGCUCAUCCAAUUCAGCAACGCAAAGGACACUCACUGUUUAGAGAGAUACACCAAAGAAUUUUAAGACGUGGCCCGUACCCUCAAGGAGCUUAGAAUCUAGUAGGCAAGAUAGGCCAGGCAAAAAAGAAAUAUGAAUAGAUGGCACAAAGAUAGUUCCACAAAUGCAAAUGACACAUUUAGACAGACAGACCCACUGCAUAUAUACAAGUGCAAAGACAAUGUUUAUAGGAAUGGAGAGAGUAAAACUGCAUGGGCUUUACAGGCCUCAUGGAUUAAACAAGGUUGACAAGAAGGAAAGGAGAAGCAAGUUCAAUUUAAUGAGAAAACAGUACUCCAGCCUUUGAGGGAUCAUUAUUAUUUCUCUGCUACAUGUAGAGUACUAAAAAUUGGGAUGCUGCCACAACAGCGACACUAUUUAAAAGUCAAAUUGAAAUACUAUUAUCUUUUUAUUCCCUUUUAAAAAUCUGCCUACUUAAAAAUGUUUGUUGUUUUUGCUGAUAUAGGAAGCAACAAAGUAUGAUGGAGAGGACACUAGAGUAAGAGAUCUUGGCUCAAAUCUACCCUCUUUUAACACUCACCCUGGUAAUCUUGACCAGGUCAGCUGAACUCCUUUCAUAUCAGUUUCCUCCUAUGGAAAACGAGAAGACUGAACUAGAUUAGCCUCUGAGGUCUCUUCCAUCUAUAAGCCUAUGAUCUUAAAGACCAGCAUAGAAACUCCUAGUUGUCCUCCCCUGAGCUGGACAGUAAGUGCCAAGGGAAAUCAAAUCAGAUAGAUGCCUAGGACCAGAAGUGCUGCCUGUGACCACUGAAAAGGCACUAAAAGGGGUAGUCAUAGCAAUGAGUAACCUCUCCCAGAGUGACAGUCCUGAGGCGGAAAAGUCUUGGACUUUAUGUUUCUACAGACAUCAAGCUGCAGAAUCCACUGGAUGAUAAUCCUUAGAAGUCACUCUGAUGACAAUUAUGUUUAUUUGGGAGCUCUUGGAGACUUCUAAAAGAACUAGAAUCUCCUGGUUUCCCUCCCCCCAAAUUGUAAUGGCUGCCUCAUAGGUAAAUUUCCUACACCUUAGUACAUCUAAUAAAAUAAAUGGCAAAAUUUUUAAAAUUCAGGUAAGCCUAAGUCUUCCUUUAAAUUUUAAGAAACAGUACUAUUUCUCAGAAGAACUAGUAUAACUCGGGACAUAACUCAUUUCAACAUCCCUUAGAACUAAAGCACUAGCACUGUUUGACAAAGGACCUGAACAAAGAGGUCCAGUGCUUUUUCAGCAUUCACAUGGCACACCAAGACAAAGAAAGGCCUUCGAUAUCUUAUGCCAUUCAACUCUGCAGCCUACAUUUCUUUCUGAAACAGAGACAUAGGAAGAAAGCUUUGGAAACAACUAUCAUAGUUUUAAUUCCAUCUUUUGCAACGUGAUGGAUUAAUAUCAAGACACCUUUUUCACUGACAGAAGGAAAGAGGUUACUAUAUGGCUGAGCCUAUUGUCUAGAUGAAGAGUUAACCACCGUCUCCUGAGCUGUCAUUGUGGUUCUAUACAUGGCCAUUAAAACUCAUUUUAAAUCUCUUUUUUAAAGUCUUUCUGUCCAAAGGUAUUAGCUUGUAAUAGCUAUCCUUCAUUAAGAACAAUGGUGUGGAAUCAGGCUCUUGCCACUGACAUUGCCUGGUGGGUGACUUUUAACUGAGCCUCCAGAAUCCUCUCAAGAGUCAGGAUAAGAGAACAGUCUGAAGUCUGGGCUCUUUUUUCACAAUGGGAUAACACAAUGUGUUACUGGAAAGGAAAACAAAAUGAUCAGCCCCAUUUUCGAACAGCUUAGUCUAGGCUUCAGGUAAAACCACAAAGCAAUCUUAAGAUAAAGUUCAAGGAACAUGGUCCUAAUAAGAUGACAGAUGGGCAUAUGACAAACAGAACACAGCCACUGGAUACUUAAUUACCCUCCAGUGCUUUUCAGAUCACUCAGAUAUAACACAAUGCCAGGCAAGAGAUGGAGAGAGUGGUUUUAUUUCACACAGGAAGCUGAAAGCAUUACUGAAGUGAUGCCAGUGAGCAGCAAAGCUUCUCAGCUGUUGGAGUUUGAGUCUAGGUAGUAUCACACACGUGCAGGCACACAUACACACAUGCACACACACAGCAAGAGGCUCAAAUGGCAUAUAAAAUGCAUAAAUUCAAGCAACAUCCUUCAGGCUAGGUUGAUUUCUGAUGGAAGAACUAGGCUUCAAACAGAUUUGCAAGCAGUGUGCAUACCCCAUUCUGGUUCUUAAAUGACACCAGUUAUCAUAGGUAGCAGGUGACAUUUUUGGCCAACGGUCUCUCUGUAACAACGUGGAAAUACGAUUCUCACUAUCCCCGAGGGUCAGAAAUCACCCUCAGCUCUUUUGUCCAAAAUGUGCAAUCACACAGAAUUAUAAUACAAGCACAAAAAACAAACACCGGCUAUGUUGUCACCAUGAAGAUAUUGUUAGGACAUGUUCUCAAGGGGAGACGGAGACAGAAAGCCUUUCUUCUCUCCUCCUUGUGUCUUUCUCCACUAAGGGAGAGACUCUAAGAAGCAGAUAAUGGUCUCAUCUCUACCUUACAUGAUGAGAUGCCUUUAUUUGUUCUCCAUAGCCCUAAAAUCCUCCUCCUCAAAUGGCCCCCAACCCUUCCACAAAAGCUUUAGCAAAAAUUUCAGUAGAAAACUUCCUUUUGCUUAUGCAAAGGUAUCUUGCUGCUCUGCUUCUAAUAAAAUCUUAACCUGUCCUGCUUAAUUUAUUCAGACCCACCCUUCAGAGAAGUUUCCUGAGGACGUCUGUUGUAUAUACAGCAGCUUAUGUGACAUUGUUUAUAAUUAAGGGCCUAUGUACUUCAGGGAUACUAUUAUGAGACAAAUAUUACUAAUAAUAUAUAUGGUAAUAUGAGUUUUGUAUUGACUAUUGUAUUUGUAUUGUAACCAAGUGUAGUGAAACAAAAGGCAUGAAGAAAAAUGAAAAAUAAAGUCUCAUUACUGGCUUGCAA